AUGGAGGAACAACCACUACCUCCAUACUCGGCCUUUGGCAUCAAUGAGAAGCGCUGCAUUGUGGCUCUCGUUGCGUAUGCAGCCUGGUUUUCGACAACAAGUAGCUUCAUCUAUUACCCCGCCAUUCCUCUCUUAUCAAAAGCCUUGGGGGUAUCCGUCGACAGUAUUAACUUGACUGUGACUUCAUACAUGGCCGUGGCCAUGUUCGCGCCAACUCUAGUCGGCGAUGCAGCAGAUCAGAUUGGCCGGCGACCGGUAUAUGUGGCAACACUAAGCCUUUAUGCGUCGGCACCUUUUCCAUCGCCUAUGGCGUCAUCACAGACGUAG